AGCCCAGAGACGGUGAUGCUGCUCUGAGCUCCGGGGACCACAACACAGUUUGGAUUCUGGAUAUGCGUCUUUCUCCAUCAUGCUGAGCAGGAAGAACUCGAGCGCGGGGGUCAUGAGUGCUGCGUGCGGGGGCGACCGCGCCAGGGUCGGGGAGCGCUUGCAGGCGGCACUGGCCGGACUGCAGGAGCUCCAUCUACUCCGGGACCGUCAGAGCGACAUGGUGAGCUGGGCUCUGAAGGCGGACCGAGAGGCACCGGUGACUUUUAUCCAAGCAAGUCAAGAGGCGCCGCAGAAGAUGGGAGCUGAGGAGCAGCGGCUGGAGGCGACGCUGACUGCCCUGAAGCAACAGCUGUCACGUCUCAGAAAACAGGAUGUAGGUCUGAAGACUCACUUGCAGCAGCUGGAUCAACAGAUCAAUGACCUGAAGUUGGAUGUGAGCAAAGCUUCCACUGAGCAAAUGGAGAGCGACAGCAGGCCAAGUUCAGGUUUCUAUGAGCUCAGCGACGGCGGCUCCUGCUCCCUGUCCAACUCCUGUACCUCAGUGUACAGUGAAUGCCUGUCCUCAUCCCAGACCAGCCUCCUCCUCCCCCCAAUGAGCCCUGCUACGUCAUCCUUCAGCCCGCCAUUGCAUAUUGAUGCAAGCCGGCGGCGGUCGGCUGAUGAAAGCACUUCCCAACCCACCCCUCCCCGAGCUUCAGGAGUCCACCUGGGGAGCAGCAGAAUCCGAGCAAGUACUUGUAAAGAGCAAGGACGACCAAGACCAGUAUCAACCGGUGAUCUUGACCGAGUCAUCAUGGCCCAGGGACCAACCUUCUACAAAGCCAUGGAGCCUGCCAACCACUCAGUCUACUCAAACCUGAAGACAUUCGCCAUGGACCCCAAGUUUAAAAGCAACCUGGUGUCCCGUGGGGGGAAUGAGGUGUACAACUAUCCCAGCCCGCUGCAUGCUGUGGCGCUGCAAAGUCCCAUAUUCUCAGCAGGACAACCAGACACACCUGCUGUUACUGAAACUGACAAAGCCCCACCAAGUGAUUGUGACUCUCUUCGAAGGGCCCCACAAUGGUAUGACACCAAGACCAUCGGAUACAUUGACAAGCUGGUCCAGCGCAGCUUCUGUAAAAUCCCUAGUGAAACGGCCACCAGUACUUUACAGACUAACCGUAAUUGUCACAGGAAGCCCACUGAAAUCACAGCUGGUCAAGAGCCAUCUGUUCCUCAGCCUGUCGCAGUCCAAACCACAAACAUCGCACCACCAGAUCACCAGAAGAGAGUCUGUGCGACGUUCCCCAGUCAAGACACAGCUGAGAACACAAACCACCAACAGGGAGACCCAGAGACUUCUUAUAGGUAUCCCUACCCUGCUGGCAUGAGGGAGUACAGCUCAGAUGAAGUCACAGUAUCCUCCCUCAAGAAGAAUGAGAAGGUGCAGGCAGAUUAUGGUAGCAUGACGAGAAGUCAGUCCGAUCAUUCGGAGUCACGAACUCUGGAAAGGAGAGACUCGCGACCAAGACAAAUGGCGUCUCACGGCUCCAGCACAGAGGAGAGUCAAAGUUACGAGCACACUGCUUCCCCUCAGUUUGUCCACGCCGAAUUUGUUCCAGCCGAAACCCAACGGGUCAAGUUGAGACAAGCAGACCGUAAAACCAGAGCUGUAAAGCUGAGACGAAAGACCAACGAGAAGCCCCGAACAAGCAGGCAGCAGCACGGCUACUCCUCUGGCGAAAAGCCGCGGGAUCCUCACGGGUACAAAGGCGAGCAAAGGAAGUCUGGGAAGAGCAAAGUCGUGCAGAAAUCGCCCACUUUCUACACAGAAGAACGAAAGCAGGGAUACGGCCCAGACAGCUCUGCUGCUGGGGUGAUGUAUAACCAGAAAGUCAACCCCAAGCAAUAUUCCAAUUCUGUUAGCAAGCCUAGCAAAAGCCGCAGACAGCAGUAUGUGGAGUACGAGCAGCCGUCGGACCAGAGGAGGAAGAGACACGGGAAGUGGCCUUGUGAUGCUGAGAUGUACAGAGGCAGCAUGACCCGCAGUGUGAGCGCCAAGCCUGGCCAGUGGAUGGGACCUGCCCGGCCUUUCCACUCUUCACUGUCCACCAACUCAUUCUUCAGCAGGCUGAACGCUAGAUACCCCCCUGCACCUUUCCACGUGUCCAGCAACUACCCACCCAGGUGUGAGUCUGAAUACUCAGCCGAAUGUGCCUCCCUCUUCCACUCCACCAUAGCCGAAAGCAGCGAAGGAGAGAUGAGCGACAACACCACCAACCGCUUCGGGGACAGCGAGUCCAGCCAGAGCUUCCAGUCGCUCUCGGACUCUGACAGCAGCCUGUCUCUUGAUGAAGGGGACCAGGUGGACAGUCUGGAGGACGAAGGCGAUCUUGUGUGGGCCGACGCAGCCAUGGGACCCACAGCUGCGGGACACCACCUCCCACGCCCUGAACCCUCAGCCUGCCGCAUCAAGGCCUCCCGAGCUCUCAAGAAGAAGAUCCGCCGAUUCCAACCUGCUUCUCUUAAAGUCAUGACCCUUGUGUGAUUCUUCUUUUUUUUUAUAAGUUCCUUUAUUUUUUUUUCUUCACAGGCCAGAAAAAAACAUCUGUCAAUAUUUUCACUUAAUUAUAUAUAAGCAGCGUUGCUCUCCUAUUUGUAAAUAUUUAUAUUAUAAGGACUUAAAGUACGGUGCUGGAAUUAAAACAAACAUGUUUUGGCCAUUUUUUUUAGAAUAAUUUUUGUAUUUUUUGUCUUCGUAUAUUUUC